CCUGGGUCAGAUGUUGUCCUUGUGUAUAUGUGGGACAGCCAUCACCAGCCAGUAUUUGGCAGAAAGAUACAAAGUGAAUACCCCCAUGCUUCAGAGUUUUAUCAACUAUUGCUUGCUGUUUCUAAUUUAUACAGUGAUGCUGGCAUUUCAAUCAGGUAGUGAUAACCUUUUAUACAUCUUGAAAAAGAAAUGGUGGAAGUACAUCCUGCUUGGACUAGCAGAUGUAGAAGCUAAUUACCUGAUUGUCAGAGCAUACCAGUACACAACUCUAACCAGUGUCCAGCUUUUGGAUUGCUUUGGGAUUCCUGUGUUGAUGGCUCUCUCGUGGUUUAUUCUUUAUGCAAGAUACAGAGUGAUCCACUUCAUCGCUGUGGCUGUCUGUCUGUUGGGCGUAGGAACUAUGGUUGGUGCAGACAUAUUAGCAGGGAGGGAAGACAAUUCAGGUAGUGAUGUACUGAUUGGUGACGUCUUGGUCCUUCUUGGGGCUUCCCUCUAUGCUGUUUCUAAUGUGUGUGAAGAAUACAUCGUGAAGAAGCUGAGCAGACAGGAGUUUUUAGGAAUGGUGGGCUUGUUUGGAACAAUUAUCAGUGGCAUACAGCUAUUGAUUGUGGAAUAUAAGGAUCUUGCCAGCAUUCACUGGGACUGGAAAAUUGCCUUGCUGUUUGUAGCAUUUGCCCUCUGUAUGUUUUGCCUGUACAACUUCAUGCCACUGGUGAUUAAAGUCACUAGUGCCACUUCUGUCAACCUGGGCAUCCUGACAGCUGACCUCUACAGUCUUUUCUUUGGACUCUUUCUGUUUGGCUAUAAGUACGCGGGCCUCUCACUGUUGUGGUCUCUCUCGCUGCGGAGCACAGGCUUCGGACGCGCAGGCUCAGUGGCCAUGGCUCACGGGCCUAGCCGCUCCGCGGCAUGUGGGAUCUUCCCGGACUGGGGCACGAACCCGUAUCCCCUGCAUCGGCGGGCGAACUCUCAACCACUGGGCCACCAGCACCAGGCAGCUUUUGGGAUCUUAGUUCCCCAACCAGGGAUUGAACCUGGGCCCUCAGCAGUGAAAGCUCGGAGUCCUAACGACUGGAUCGCCAGAGAAUUCCCCUGAAAACAUCUUUAUUUUACCUUUUCACUUUAUUGAUAGUUGACUGGGGAUAGAAUUUUGAGUUGUAUAUAGUUUUUCUUCAGAAUUUUGAAGUAAUUGGAAACCUUCUAUCUUCCAAUAUUGCUGAUGAGAAGAUGGAAACCAAUCCAAUUUCUUCUUCUUUGAAUAUUUUCUUCUCCCAGUACAAUUUCUGUUUCCUUCAGAUUGCGUUUCUUCUGUUUGUAUUGGACUUUAACUUCCACAUUUUCUGAUAAUCUUUAAAUAUGUAGGACUAAAAACUGCUAAGACUCUCUGAGUACAUGACUGAAGCUUGUUGACUGUGCACUUCUAUGUAAGGUGAAGCUGUCAGGGACCUUUCACUGGGGGAAUUCCAAUGUCAGUAUCCUUUCCCUUUGGGCUGCUCAGAUUCCUCAGAGAAGGCUCUUCUAAUCUUUUGCCCAGAGCUUCAUGUGAAGGUUCCACUCUUCUGGAACCUGAGGAGGGGAAGAGGGCUGGGGUGGGAGAUGGGUUCACCAUCCAGGUGUAUGUUUAUUUAAAUCCACUCUUUAGUAGGAUACUUCUGUUUUUAAUUGUGCCCGAGAUUUCCCAGUCCAGAGACUCUCUCCAGGGAAUGAAACUGCAGUCUGCUCAGGUCGGGGAAGAGCAGUUGUUGGCUGUGUCAAGGUUAGGGGGAGGGAGGGAUCUUGGGACCUAGCAAUUUCUUGAAAAGCUCUGAACUAGUUAUCUUUAUUUCAGCCACCCCUCUCUUCAUCCCCAGUGCCACCAAUCUGUACAGUAUAAAUCAGACUGACUCUUGGUUUUCUCUACUACCAGUUUAGGAUUCAGUUUUCUUAGUUUUGCUAAAUCGGUUACAGCCAUCCUUUUGCAGUACAGCUUCCAAAAUUUACUUGCUGCUUUCUCCUCCUUUAUUCUCACGGUCCUUAUGGCUUUAUGCCUUAAACAAAUCUCUCUACUGUCAUUUUAGUAGGGUUUUGAGAGGGAGCAAAAUUAUAUGCAUAUGUUCAAUCUUUCUGUCUUAACCCAGAAGCCCAGAAAAAUUUUAAAUUGAGGUAAAGAUAUGCUAUUUCUAUUACUGUAUCUUGAACAUCAACUGAAGCCAGGAAAUUAGUAAGCAGAUAGCAUAAGGGUUCAGAACUUACACCCUGGAAUCAAACCUGAGAUUGAACCUGUGUCUUUUACUUGCUUGGUUUUUGACCUUUUGACAUUUACCUAACCUCUCUCGGCCUCAGUCUUUUUCAUCUGUAUGAUAGAGAUAAUAAUAUAAAUAAUUUAUGAGAUUAAAGUACAUAUACAUAUAUGAUAUGCUUCUUACAUUGUCUAAAUUUUAGAACUUAACAAGCACUCAUUAACUUAAAGGUAACUUGGGUGCUCAUGAAAAGACAGUCAGCAAAGAGAAACCACAGUAAAUGACUUCAUGACCUUCUGACUCUAUGUUAUUGAACACCCAUUACAUACCAGAUUCUGUGCUAGGCACUAGGUUUAUUAUGGAAAAUAGAAUGAAGGUUAAGGCUAGUCUUUGAGGAGUUUAGAGUCUGGUAGGGGAGAAAAACAAUAAAUAAGCACAAGUAAAUAUAGAAUUAAAAUUUGUAGUAAGUGCUAUAAAGGGAAAGAACAGAAUGCUAUGAAAGAGAAUAACAAGGGGGAAUUACUUUGGAUUAGUCUGCUGGGAAAAGCUCUUAAUGACUGAGAAUACUGCUUAUACCAUAUCCAGACUAGUGUCAAAGUGGAUCAGUAAAAUGCACAUGCAUUUAAACUAUUCAAAGUAAAUUAAUAUUAACCUAUAACAUGUAGGUCAAAGGGAUUAGAGAUAUGACCUUGCUGUCAAGUUAUUUAACUUCUCUUUACCUUAAUUUCCUCAUCUAUAGAAAGAAGAUUAGACACAAUAA